UCUAACACCCAUUUACACACUCUUCUUUUAUUUCGAACCCGCCCGUAUCCGUACUGGCCCGACCGGCACUUCAAUUCAGCGUCGCCUCUUCUCGUACUACACUCGAGCCAGCACAGUAUUGACCCACCACCUCGUCACCUGUCAAUUGCGAUCGAGACCCAGUCCGACCCAAUUGCCUAUUGAUUUGUCGCCCAACACGGCGUCCCAAACCGCGCGUCAACCACCUCCCGUCUACUCUUGCUGACGGCUCGAGUGACGCCCUAAAUUGUACCAUUUUGCGACCGACACCGAUUCGUCCAACAUGGCGCAAAACCGCCCAACAGCGGCUUUCAAUACUCUCCGCAUGGGAGAGGUCAUUCGUGAGAAGGUCCAAGAUGGAGUAACCGGAGAAACGAGGGAUUUGCAAUAUACCCAGUGUAAAAUCGUUGGAAAUGGGUCUUUUGGCGUUGUCUUCCAGACGAAGCUUUCGCCGUCGGGAGAAGACGCUGCCAUCAAGCGUGUGCUGCAAGACAAGCGAUUCAAGAAUCGUGAGCUUCAGAUUAUGCGUAUCGUUAGACACCCCAACAUCGUACAGUUGAAAGCUUUCUAUUACUCUAACGGAGAGCGGAAGGAUGAAGUCUAUCUAAACUUGGUGCAAGAGUUCGUACCUGAGACUGUCUAUCGAGCCUCGCGAUUCUUCAACAAGAUGAAGUCGACCAUGCCAACCCUUGAGGUGAAGCUCUAUAUCUAUCAACUCUUCCGAGCCCUGGCAUACAUCCAUUCGCAAGGAAUCUGUCACCGCGACAUCAAGCCGCAGAAUCUCCUGCUAGACCCGAACACCGGUGUGCUCAAGUUAUGCGAUUUCGGAAGCGCAAAGAUCUUGGUGGAGAAUGAGCCAAACGUUUCGUACAUUUGCUCUAGGUACUACAGAGCACCCGAACUCAUCUUCGGUGCUACCAAUUACACUACCAAAAUCGACGUCUGGUCGACUGGCUGCGUCAUGGCGGAAUUAAUGCUAGGUCAACCCCUUUUCCCGGGAGAGUCCGGUAUCGAUCAAUUGGUAGAGAUCAUUAAGGUGUUGGGAACUCCAACUCGCGAGCAAAUUCGCACUAUGAAUCCGAACUACAUGGAGCAUAAAUUCCCUCAAAUCAAGCCUCAUCCGUUCAGUAAGGUGUUCCGUAAGGCAGAUGCGAACGCUCUGGAUUUGAUAGCAAGGUUGCUGGAAUAUACGCCUACGGAACGUCUUGGUGCCAUUGAUGCUAUGGUGCAUUCUUUCUUCGACGAGCUUCGCGACCCUAGCACGAAGCUGCCGGAUUCCCGGCACUCGAGCGGACAAUUAAGGGAUUUACCAAAUCUAUUCGACUUCUCAAGACACGAAUUAUCCAUUGCACCACAGCUAAACCACAAGUUGGUUCCUUCCCAUGUGAAACCCGUCUUAGCGAACCGUGGUCUCGAUAUAGAUAAUUUCACACCAAUGACGAAACAAGAAAUGAUGGCUAAGCUGGACUGAAGAUCGG